GGGAUGGCAGGUUCAGGCCCCCCAAAAGAUCCUGGGGGGGCUAUGACUCUUCCUGUCCAAGCAGGAAGGGCUUAAAAGAAGAAAGUUACCUCUGUCCCCCUCCCCUGCCUUGGUCGGUGGGUGAAUCAAGGAGGGCAGCUGCUCCCCCCCCGCCCCCCCCAACUGCCCCGAGAUGUUUCUGGGCCCGACACAAAUAAACCAGGAGGGAAAUGGAACAGGUGGUGUCAGGUGGGGUGUGGGGCAGGGAGGGUCUGUGCGGGAGGGGGGACCCACAGGGACCCCCCUGCUGAGCCCUGCCGGUGCCCCUCACUCCCGACCCGCAGCCCCCGCCAGCCCGGCUCUGUGUCAGUCUCCCACGCUGGAGAAAGCAGAUUCGGGGGCGGGGGGAGGGGCUGCUCUAGAGUCACCAUCUGCCCCCCAUCUUGGUGGCAGGUGACGUCUCUAGGGGGGGCCCGAUCCCGCUACCCGAGCCAUGGGGGGGGUGUCUCUCUCUGGCGUCCAGCCCCCACCUCCCAGCCACUUGUGGAGCGGGGGGACAGGCUGGCGGGGGGGCUGCAGCACACAAGGGGUUAAGGAUGCUCCACUUCCUUCCCCCGCCCCCCCGCGCAGGAUUGGGCCGGACGCGGGGGGCGGGGCUAGGCGCAUCCGCAGCUUGGGGCGCUGGGACCCGCAGCUGAGCGCCCGGAGGGGGCGAAGGAUCCUGCCCGGCUCGGAUCGGGCCCCCCGCGCAGCCGGGAUGAGCGCGCUGGGCAGGGCGCGCAAGGAGCGCUGGCCGCAGGCUGAAUAUGAGGCGCAGGCGAAAGAGCUGCGUGGCCAACUGGGGGAGCAGCAGCGGGGGCGGGAGGCCCAGGCCGAGGUCCGGCUGCAGCUGCUCCAGGACAUGGGCGACUUCCUGCGGCGAAAGGCUGAGCUGGAGCAGGAAUAUUCCCGCGGGUUGGAGAAGCUGUCAGAGAGAUUCACUGCCCGGCUGCGCGGGGCCAAGGAACACCCCAGAGCCGAGACCUCGACAGCAGAUGCAGGACGAGCUGCUGACGAUAACCUACCAGACGCACCACCGCGGAGAGCCAGAGCGCGGAGAACAAACUGCGGUGAUGCCGAGCGGCAGGAGGAAAAGAGGGGAGCCGGCAGCCCCCCGAGCCGGGUGGGAGCUGGACAGGACAAGGAGUGUGCGACGCGCCUCCCUUUCGCAAGGGGGGAGCGGCUGGUGGAGAAGCGCCAGGCCCGGUUCCUGGCCGCACAGUUGAAGUGCACACGCCCGAACGAUUAUCUAGCAUGAGGCCACCAAUCGUUGUCAGCAACUACUACCAUGCGGACGUCUCCGACUAUCUCUCACUACUGCUCGGACCUUGGAUUCCAUCUGUCCCUGGGCCGCCUGUUGCGGACGUACCUGGCGGCCGAGGGCCGGGCCCAGAGCUCCUGGCAGGAGGGGCUGGGAGCGCUGGAGGGGGCCGUGCUUGCCCUGGACCCCCCUGGGGACAAGGCCCGGCUGAUGGAGGCCAACCCGGCCGCAUACUGCCCCCCCCCGCGCUUCGAGUACCACCCCCAUGAGGGCGACGAGGUGGCAGAGGUCCAGGCCGUGGGGUCCCUGCGCCCGGAGCUGCUGCUGCAGUGGCAGGACAUCGAGUCGCGGCUGAAGGACCUGAGCCUGGAGACCGAGGAGGUGAACAAGACGCUGCAGGCGACGCUGAGCAGCUUCCGGGAGCUGCUGGGGGCCGAGGAGCCCGAGGAGCUGGAGGCCUUCGGGGGCCUGGGCUCGUCCGAGUCACUGCGGGGGGCCGGCGCCGAGGGGCGCGGUGGGGCCAAGAGACGGGCCCAGCACCUGGAGACAGAGACCUUCUACCUCACGCCCCACAGCACCCUGCAGCAUCGACCCGCAGCCCCCGCCCACCCCACGGUGCCCCGCAGCCGCGACCUGCGGCCCCACAGCACCCUGCGGCACUGA